AUGAAAGGCAAGGGAAAGGGGGGCAAGGGCGCUGGAGGAGCUGGCGGGGGCGGUGGAGGUGGUGGUAGAGGCGGCGGAGGAGAGUGGGAGUGGUGGAGGAGGUGGGGGUACCGGUGGCAGCAGUGGCGGCGGAGGGCGGCGGGCGGCGGCGGUGGCGGAGGGGCGGAGGAGGGCGGUGGUAGCGGAGGCAGCGGUGGUGGCGGAGGCGGAGGUGGUGGCGGAGGCGGCGGAGGCGGCAGAGGCGGCGGAGGUGGCGGUGGAGCUGGUCGCGGAUCUAUGCAGAGGAGUGGCUCCGCUGGUGGUCCGCGCCAGCAGUAG